AUGACGACUUGCAAUCUGGCUAACCAGAGCACAAUCGACGCACAAGAGAAACAACCUAUUUCCCAGCCGCAAGCGCAAGCGCAAGCACAACCUCAACCUGAACCCGCACCCUCCCAACCAGCAUGCAAUCCUCAAACCGACAAUGCUGGGCAUGUCCAAGAUGCUCAUAUACUCCUCAAUUUGACCCAUGCACAAGAACUGCCUGCCGAACCCAUAAAUUACGAGGGUUAUCAAUUCUUCAAGGCAGAUCCAAUUCCAGGGCAGAAGCCAUCAUGGACCCGGGUCGAGCGCACGCGCAUGCAUCUAAGUCAAAGCGAGUUUUACAAGUUGGUCCAUAAAAGAGCCAAUAAGACCUCGGCAGCCCAUCAAUAUCAGAAAUUGUCUGCUACUCGCCGGGCCCAUGUCAACCAGUUAAUCCACGAGCAAAAGAAACUGGAUCCCUCGGUGGAAUGGAGCUGCGUAUAUGCAAAGGAGCGUGAUAGAGCUUCCAAGGCUCGCAAUGCCCACCGUGCUGAUUAUGAAACAGUCUCUAUGGAAAUUAUUUUGAUGAAGAGACCUUUGAAUAAUAGACCUUAUCCAAGAACUCCUAUGGGAGAUUUGGUUGACCUCGCUCAGCGUCAAAAUGAAAACGAUAUGCAGCCUACUAAGCCUCCUCUGCGUCGUACAAUGACCACUGCACCUAUCCACCCAGCAGUGGCAACUGCAAUGUGGAUCUCCAAGGAUUUAUCUAUGAAACCGGAUCCUACCACUGUCUCUGCUGGUGUUGUACAGGGGCCACAGCCUCGUCCGAUACCAGUGACGAAUCCUUUCACUUGCCUCGAGUUGGGUCAACAUACGCCCGUCCCCAGUGAGCAGCGGCAGCAUUAUAGACCAAUUAAUCGACAAACAACGACUGAUAAUAAUCGAGACUGCAACAAUGAUGACAUUGAAGAGGCGGAGUCUUCAGCUGAGUCGAGUGAUUCCGAGGAUGCCAAUUCCAUGAGCGAAGAUUCAUCCGAGUCAGAUGGCAGCUCAUCUACCGAAGAAGCUGAUCCAGACGACAUGGAACGCGACGACUGUGAAGAGCCACAGCAUCAAUCUAUCACCGUCCAGAACAGGUCCGGCAGCCCCAACAAGCGUACUCCAAUCGGUCAUGGGUCUCAAUACCGACAGAAGUCUCGAGGAAGACACUUUGGCCGACGAGACAAGCCUCGAUAUCACUAUACGGAUAUCCUUGCCUCCAAGAAUGGCUUUCCCAAUGGCAUGCCCAUCCGGCGGGCUAGAUGUGCCGGUAAGGUUGCUCAGACUGCGCCUUCCGAUAUCAACAUGUGGUAUCGUAUCCAGCGCAUGGACGAUCAGGAGCUUCGACGUCGACUAUUGGAGUGUGAAGCUAAGCUUGAGCGAUGGGAACAAGCGUAUGAAUACCAGAGCAGACUUUUACAACAGAGUAUUCAAGAUUCGCAGCGGCAGCAGUUGGAGAGAUGCCCAUUUUUCUGGAAUCCUCCUCCCAUGCCACAUUACGGCUAUGAUUAUCCCAAUGACGGCCAUAUGGAUGAUUCUAAUUAA